CGGGGGGUAAGAGGAGGGGAGAGGCGGGCAGUCAAGGGUGCACACUCAGCAUUACUAUGGAAACAAGUCAACUGUGCACGACGCAAAUCUCGUGGUCAGCUGGGUCCACAUAAAGGACAUUCAUAUCUUGACUCAUACUGGUUAAGGAACCUUGCGCGAUAGAUGGCGUCUCUGGGCUCCUCCAAGCUGCAGACCAAGAUGAGUGCGUGGACGCCCCUCAACCACCCAGUAGCUAAUGGCAAGGUCUUUUCAGAGAGACGAACUCUGCUUGUUAAAUGGUUCGACAAGUGGUCGGAGGGCCAGAGGAAGUGUGUCCUGCAGGACUUCCUAUCCCGGUGUUCAGCGGCUCAUCUGCGGUUUGUGAGCAGCUCCCUGGAGCGGCAGCUCCCCCUGCAGGCGGUGGACUUCACCUGCAUGCUGCCGCGGGUCCUAUCUCUAUUCAUCUUCUCCUAUCUCGACCCCCGCAGCCUCUGUCGUUGUGCCACGGUGAGCUGGCACUGGCGGGGCAUCGUGGAGCUGGACCAGCUGUGGAUGCCAAAGUGUGUGCGCCUCGCCUGGACUCUCCCCUUCUCCCCCACCCCCUAUGAGACCAGCGUCUGGAAGAGGCUCUACGUGGAGACCGUCAGGGUGCUGCGAUGCACUGCGGGACCCCAGGUCAGAGGGACCCCAUGCUGCCAGGCAUUCAUAGUUCCUGAGGUCACUGCCAUCCGAUCCGCGACUCCAAACCCCAUAGAACAAGCCCUGUUCGACCAGGUGCGCUUGAUAUACACGCCCCAGCAGGCCAGAGACGAACCUUCCAGCAGGAGGAGCCUAGAGGCAGGGGAGGGGCAGCAGCCGGGCCUGGGUCUUCCUCCAUGGAGACACGCCGACAGACACCCUAAAGACACCCAGCGCUUCAACUACCUGUCCAACCUGGACCCCGUGGAUCAGGCUAAGCAAGCGCAAAUGCGGGGCAGCGUGGACAGCGUGAGGAAGCCGCUGACUGCGGGCAGCUAUAAACUACGCAAAGCCAAGUCCCAGAUGAUGCUGUCGUCCCUGGACUUGGACUCCCACUACAGACCUCUCCUCCCUCCCUCCUCCCCUCUCCCACCUCCUCCUCCUCCUCCUCCUCCUCCUCCUCCGACCCCCACAAACCUCCAUCCACAUCUGCAGCCAAGUCAGACACGGCCAGACUGGGCCACGCCCACCCCCUCCUCCUGUGACCCCCAUGUUACCAUGGCAUCGGCCCAGUGCAAUGCUGGGAUCCGGCCGGGUCCAGUGAGGCCGGCGGUCCCCAGGCUGAGUGUGGAGGCCCUCAGAGCCUCCCAGCGGACCUCACGGACCCCUCCCAGCGUACCGCUGUUUGAGAGCCAGCCUUGGAUAUCCUUGGAUCAUAGAACACCCAAUUUACACCCUCUGCUGGAAUAAGAUGGAACUACACUAAACGAUGACGUUCAACUGUAUUGAAGCUCAUUCGCUCAUGCUGCAGUUUAAAAUGUGCUCUUUAUUUGUGCGACCUUUUGAGAAAACCACAGUAUUGUCUAUAUAGUAUGUAUAGUAUUGAUUAUAAGCACAGCCACAAACUUCUCACUGGCUUUAUCAUUUAUUCCAAGAAACCUAUCCAGAGAAUGUGUAAAAAGAGAUAGGCCUCCAAAAAAAAAAAAAGUCAAACAAAAUAAUGACUAUGUAAGAUAUGUAUCCCUGUUAAGUUUCCACACAAAAUCCACACAAGCAUUCAAUACAAGGUGAAAUCAUAAUAAACAUUGAUUCAGAACUCAAGAAUUCAAGAAAACGAAAAA